AUGAAAAAUAACAUGGAAAAUGCACAUAUAAUGAACGUCCCUUAUACCUUUGAGCAUUCAAAAAACCUUGGGAACAAAAUCCUAAAGCCCAUACGUCAAGAAAAGGUGGUUAAAGUACCUGUAACCCAGUAUGUAGAAAAAAUCAUAGAAAAAGAAGAAAUAAAGUACGUAAACAAAUAUGUAGACGUUAUAAAACCAAUAAUAACAUACAAGACAAAGCACAUAUCAAAACCGAUAUAUUUAGACAAAAUUAAAUAUGAGCCCAAAUUAGUAGAAAAAGAAAAAAUUGUGCAUAUUCCCAAAAUAGAAUAUAGAAAUAAAAUUGUAGAAAUACCUGUUUACAUUCAUAAGGAAAAUAUAAUAGAAAAGAAAGUUCCUUUAAUAAUUGAGCGCGUUGUUCCUGUUCUUAAAGUAAAAAGAAUAGAAAAAGAAACUUUAAUUGAUACGAUAGAAAUUCCUUCAAUUUGCGAAAUGAAAAAAAAAGAAAUAAAUAUAAAUAAUACCAAAAAUGAGUAUGAACAGAAUAUUUUACACAUACAAAGGAAUAAUUCCGGAAGCAACAAUUUUUACACAGUAAACGUAAUGAAUGAAAAUCAGGAUAUUUACAAUAAAGAAACAUAUAGAAAUAUGGAAUCUCAGAAUAACUCUUCUCCUGCUGUAUAUUCACACAUGAGAGUGUCCCCUUCCUUCGAAAUAGAGAAAAUUAAAAGGAAAAAUGAAAGUGGUCACUAUGGUGAUAGCAUCGAAUCGGAUGAAGAUAACUAUGAAAGAAAUUUACAGCAUAAAAACGAAACGAUGUAUAAUGACGCUACCCAUGAUGAUGAUAUUCAUUAUGAACAAAUUUUGGAAAAGGGGGGACGAAUGGUUAGUGCCGAAGGCAUACCGGAUAAGGGAAAUGUAUCGAAUGAGGAAAACAUACUUAACGAGAGAAGUACAUCAAACGAAGAAAAUGUAAUGAACGAGGAGGGAUGUAUAUCGAACGAAAAAAAUGCAUCAUUUGUGGAAAGACUACUUAACGAAGAAAGUAACUUAAAGAAUUACAUGCAAAAUCGAAUGGAAAACAAUUAUUACAACACAGAUAAUCGACAUAAAAAAUCUAGCGUAACGCACGUUAGCGUACAUCUUCCCACGACAAAGGAAGAGUUGCGUGAAUCAUUAGAACCAGGGUAUGUGAAUUCAGUGGAAAGCAGUUAUAAUGUAUCUUUAAAUCCAAUAUCAGUCGAAAGGAGUGGUAAAAUAUUAGAUAGUAGCAGUAUGGGGAACAACAUGGAUAGCAGCAAUAUGUAUGUCAUGAAUAAUAAUCACGUCUUUAACUAUAAUAAUUCAAUCAACAGGUACAACGAAUAUAAUAUGAACGAAUUAAUUAACGAGCAAUUAAUAAGAGGAGGAUCUUUAAAUAACUCCAAACCAGAUAUUUCCAAAUCGAUAGAAGAAAAUGUGAACCAACUAAGCUAUUGCACAAAUUUGAAGGAUCAUAUGGAAACGGAACAACAUACACUUCAUACUCCAUCAAACAUGCAUGUUUAUAAGGAAAAUUAUGUUUCAUCACAGAAUGAGCGUAGGAAUCAGUCAGGUGGAAGCAAACCGGGAAGAAAUAAAUUGAAUUUUAUGCCAUCCUAUGCAAAUAGCAAUGGAAAUGCAAUUGUAUCCGUCCGUCCUGCCACCAUUUUAGAAUAUGUUCCAAAAGAGCGAAAGUUUAAAUCAGGAUUUUGUAACUUUAUGAACAAGUGUUGUGGUGGGGAAUGA